GACGAUGGCGGCCUCCCUCCGCGCGGCGUCGACGAGGAUCAUGCGUCCUGCGGUGCUUCCAGGGGCGGGGCUUCGCCGGCUCGUCCACACCCAGCCUCAGCAUUCCGAAUUCCGUGCGUCGCAAUUCAAGCAGCAGAAGGAGGAGCUGUACGAUCUCAUCGCCAAGGCCUAUGCGAAUUCCACCGCCACCUGGCAGGACAGGCUUAUGCUCCACCAUCUGUGCACGCAAAUUGAGCCUAGACCAAAUGACCCUCAAUGGCGCAAGGUAUUUGGACUUAAGAAGGGGAUCGCUUAUACUUCGUUCACGGGUGCUGUUGUUACUUCCUUGUUCGCUGUUUUUGGCCUGGCUCCCAAUCCUAAAAUAGUAGAAUAUGAAGGACUUCUUGUUACUGCUGAGAGUGUGCCCAUGCUACAAGAGAGACUGCACAGGCGAGUUGGACAUCAGCCUGCUGCUACUGCUGGGGGAGCGCAGAAGCAGACGGAUUGAAGACGAAAUGCAUCUUGUUUGAUUUUUUUUUUUUGAAAAGGGGGGACUCCCCGGCCUCUGCAUCAGAAAGAUGCAUGCGGCCAUCUUAUUAACCAAACAUCAAAAAGU